CCUUUUCAAAAUCACCUCUUUCUCACACUUCCCCAUUUUCAUUGCUACUGCACUCUCUUUGUCUCUCUUCCCCUUUCUCUCUCUAAAUGAAAAAGGUCACAAAAAUUUCUCACUACUUGUGAAAACUUCAUAAGAGCCAAAGUGGUAUUUGUGUCUGUACACAAAGCCCCUUGUGUCAGGGAAUGAAUGGUUCCAACGCCAAUACCAGUCUGCUUUCUGCUUCUCUGCUCUGCAACCCCUACAGUUACCUCUCUCUCUGUGUAAGUACUUCGCCCCAUUAUUUUUUACCCCUCCUCUCUCUCUCUAGCUUCUCGCUCAAGACACAUUCUGUCUCCUUCUCUAGUCACACUCUCUAGACUCUCGGCAGACUGUAUUUUUUUCUCUUUAGAAACGCACAAUCUCUAUCUAGAGAAUAGAGACACACUUUCUCUCUCUUCUGCUGUGUCACGGCACACAGAAGACAUGGGUUUUUGCCAUUGUUUGACUCCCUGAGUUGUGGGCACAUUAAAUAAUUGCCCCCUUUUUGGGGGCUUCUAUAUGCUCUUCUCAAACCUGGUAUUUCUAGCUGGCUUUUUCCUGUUCCUCUUCCUGUUUUCUGGUUUUCUCGUUUUGGGUUUUUUGGCUGUAUGUCUUUGCAACGGCUUAUGGGGUUUGAGGAGAGCUGUGAUGAUUUAAUGGACUGGUUCUGAGCUUUUGAGCAUUGGGGUUCUCUCAAUGGACUGGGAUAUCAAAACCUCAUCUUGGGAUUUUGAAAAUUUUGUGGUGGAUUCAGCCAAGGGUGAGAACCAUGCAAGUGGGGUUCAGGAGACAGAGAGAGAAGGGGUGAGAGAGAAAGCCAUAGAACAUGGGGCUGUGGAUUGCAAGGAGAGACAGGGGGUCCCUUUCUUUGAUUUGAAGCUUGGUAGGUUGGGUGAUUUAGAAGAUGGGUUAGAGAGUAAGGAUUUUAGGGAGACAAGCUCUUCCUCCUCUGUGGCUUCUCCCGCUUCUUCGUCGAAGAGGGCUCGAGCCACUAACCAGACUACAGUAGUUUGCCAAGUUGAUGGGUGUAAUGUUGAUUUGAGCUCUGUUAAGGAUUACCACAGGAGACACAAGGUUUGCGAGGUCCAUGCUAAGACUCCGAUGGUUAGAGUCAAUGGUAUCGAGCAAAGGUUUUGCCAACAGUGUAGUAGGUUUCAUAGGUUGGAGGAAUUUGAUGAAGGCAAACGGAGUUGUAGGAAACGCCUUGAUGGGCACAACAGACGUCGAAGGAAACCCCAACCUGAAUCAUAUUAUGGGAGUCCUUCAAGCUUGCUUUCAAGAUUCCAAGGUGGCCGGCUUGGCCCCUAUGUUGGCCCUCAGUUGUUUCAGAACACUAUGCAUGGUCCCAACUGGCCUGAAGCCCCGAAAACAGAACAAGAUAAUACUUACAAUGCCCACCACCACCCACUACAUGCACCUCACCUUGAGCGUCAACCCCCUGCCUAUGCAAACCCCGUCUCUCGAGGUUUCAAGACAAGCAAGCAGUUCCCUUUCUUACAAAGUAGCACCGAGAUUCUUGUAAGCUCAGGGAAUAGCACCUUAUUCUCACAAGGCUUGACAAGGGUCUCAGAUUGUGCUCUCUCUCUUCUGUCAACCCCAACUCAAUCUUCUUCCAUCUCUCUAACCCACAUCAUGCAUGGUGACCGCAUACCCAUGGCCCAGCCCAUGGUCCAUGCCCAUGGCCAUGGAAUUCAGUUUGGCAAUCCAAUGAGUUCUAACAGUGGCUCGAGCAAUGUAUUCUCUAGCUCAGGCCUGGGUGAUGACCAUGUUGGUGGAGCUGUUAUUGUGUCCGAUGCCAAUGAUGCCGAGCUUCAGGGCCAUGCCAUGAUGCAACAUCACCAUGGCCAUCAUGGUGUAGGGAGCUCAAAGGAUGGAAGUUCGUCUUCACAAGGUCUUCCUUUCUCUUGGUGAUGGCGCUUUUGGUGAUGGGUAUGUUUGUUUUGAUCCAUCCUUUCAUGGGGUUGCGGUAUUCAGUGGGCUUUUGAAUCAUCGGAUUAUUUUCUCUCUAGGGACCAUCUCAUGAGAAUGCAUUCUGAUGAAUUAUUGUUUCAAAUUAUGCAUGGGUUUUGAUUCUGGAUGUUCAGGCUGGAAUAUGUGCCUGGCCUAAUGCUUGAAUCAUGUAUUAGGCCAAAAAAGGGAGUGAGAUUUGCUGGAAUUGGGUUUUGAGUUUUUGGCCAGUUUUUGUUAAAACCUUGAAAGGGAAUACCUUUUCACAUGAGGAAAGAACUUCCAAUUUUUUCCAUUUUUCCUUGAAUUUUUGAUAUGCAGAGGCUCAGUCUGCCCUUCAAUUAAUCCAUUAUGAAUGUUACAAGCUUGAUUUUAGGAGCAGUGAAGCAAUGUAGGUAUGCUGAUUUAUAUAGCUACCAUACCUGCAUGGAUCAAUUAUGAUGCAAUUUUCAA